CAUUUGUCAAACCUUCUAAACCCUUCCAAAAACCCUCAAAAUCACAACUCCCACGUAUCCAAAUCAAAAUAUUAUCAACCAACUCCCAAAACGACGACCAUUAAGCAACUUUACCCCAUUCCGACGUCGUUUCGUACACCUCUUUAGCUUCUUCUCCAAGAACCUUGUUUAACCUUCAGACAAUUUCUCCCUUCUCCCUUCUCCCUCAAUUCAUCAACUUCCAUUUCUUUCUCUCUCUACUUUCUCUCUCUAGAUUUCUCCAUCACAAAGCGCCGAAAAUGUCGCUAACUAGGGUUUUGGGAAGAGCGUCGAGAACUACGCUUUCCCAAUGUCGGGCCUACUUUCUCUCUCCUCCUCCUCCUCUUCAUCAACACAAUUCCCCUUUCUCUGUCCUAUGCAAUCGAUUUCAUUCUCUUUCCGACGUUUCUAGCAAGGCAUCUCCUUUGCAUAAUGGAAUAUGUAGUAUUGUUGCUUUCCCUCAUCGUGGAAUGUCAACCUUUGCAUCUCCUGAACAAGAGCAGGGGACACCUGCUGAGAAAAAAGGAGAUAAUGGUAGUGCUGAUGGUGCAAAGCAAUCAGGUGAGGGAAUUAAUGCAGACAGUGAGACUUCUGUACAAAGUCAAGAAACAGAUUCCAAGGAAAACAUGGAUGACCUUUCCAAAGAAGAUCUGGUAAAACUUGUGCUAGAGAAGGAGGAAACCUUAGAGAACAAACAAAAAGAGUUUGCUGAAUUUAAAGACAAAUUUCUUCGUAGUUAUGCCGAAUUAGAGAAUAUCAUGGAAAGAACACGACGUGAUGCAGAGAACUCAAAGAAAUUUGCCGUGCAGAGUUUUGCAAAGAAUCUACUGGAUGUUGCUGACAACCUUGGCAGAGCAGCUUCUGUAACCAGAGAGAGUGCCAAUAAAAUUGAUGUCUCUCAGGAUACUGUUGGAGCAAUGCCACUUUUGAAAACCCUUCUGGAAGGUGUAGAAAUGACUGAAAAGCAGCUUGCAGAGGUAUUCAGAAAAGCUGGUGUUGAGAAAUAUGAAUCUAUCGAUGAGCAAUUUGAUCCUAACAGGCAUAAUGCUGUGUUUCAAGUUCCUGACAAUUCUAAGCCUCCUGGUACUGUUGCUGUUGUCCUCAAGGUGGGCUACACUCUCAACGACAGGAUCAUACGACCAGCUGAAGUUGGUGUUACCAUUGCUGUAGAAAAUAACGAUGCCAGCUCUUGAAGCUCAAGAUAUCUUAUCUGAGCGAGCCCCUCCAUUAUACUGGAGAAUUUUGUCAAAUCUUGCAAUUGUCUAAAUAUUACAACACUUUUGGACACUAGGUUAGCAUUGUUGCCUCCAUGGUACUAUUUUUUGUCUCCUCCCCUUGAAAUUUGUUGCAAUUACAACAGAAAUGAGCUUCAAAACAACAUUUUAGCUCUACUUUGUAUUUAUGAACAGAAGUGAUCACAGGUUAAGUUUACUGGUGGCCUCAGGAUAAUUGUUAUCGGCUGUAGCUUCAAGAUGCCGAGUCAAUCGGGUAAUUAUAAGCAAAUACGCAACCUAAUUAAGGUCAACUGCAGUUGUAUUUUAAUAACUUAUAGGGGGGAAAUGGAACCAAUUGG